UAUUUCCUUUUCAAAUAAGGUUUUCUUUUACCCCUUAGAAUUUGUUUUAGUGGCCAAUAAAAAAGACUAUAUAUAAGUCUUCUGCCCCUGUGUAUUGUUUUCUUCAGUACCCUAAAAACCCUUCAAAAACCUUAUACCAAAGUUCCCGUCAAAAGUAAAACCCUUUGCCACCACUGCAUUGCUAAAAGAACUCAUUGCUUUAGCCUCUUUUGUCUCUUUUCUUUUCUGGGUUCUUCGUUAUUUCUGAAUCUUUUGUUAAUGGAGAAGAUACUGAGAGGGCAUGGAUCGGCUAUGGCAGGAGAAAGGAGGCCAAAGACAAAGAUUGUUUGCACGUUAGGGCCACAAUCAAGAUCAGUUACUAUGCUAGAAAGGCUUUUAAGGGCUGGUAUGAAUGUUGCACGUUUCAACUUCUCUCAUGGGACUCAUGCAUAUCAUCAAGAGACUCUUGAUAAUCUCAGGACUGCCAUGAAUAAUACUGGCAUUCUUUGUGCUGUCAUGUUGGAUACCAAGGGACCUGAAAUUCGAACUGGGUUCUUGAAGGAUGGGAAGCCUGUACAAUUAAAGCAGGGUCAAGAGAUUCUUAUCUCCACUGACUAUAGCUUAAAAGGUGAUGAGAAUAAAAUCUGUAUGAGCUACAAAAAAUUGGCCGAAGACGUGAUUCCAGGAAGUGUUAUUUUGUGUUCUGAUGGCACAAUCUCACUAAGAGUUUUGGCUUGUGACAAAGAGAAUGGCCUGGUCCAUUGCCGCUGUGAAAACUCUGCUCUUUUGGGUGAGAAAAAGAAUGUCAAUCUUCCUGGAGUAAUUGUUGAUCUUCCCACCUUAACUGAAAAGGAUAAAGAGGAUAUCCUACAAUGGGGAGUUCCCAAUAAGAUAGACAUGAUUGCGCUAUCCUUUGUUCGCAAAGGUUCAGACCUGAUGGAAGUCAGAGAACUGCUAGGGGAGAAUGCAAAGAACAUUCUUCUCAUGUCAAAGGUUGAAAAUCAAGAAGGAGUUGCUAAUUUUGAUGAAAUUCUCGCAAACUCAGAUGCGUUUAUGGUGGCGCGUGGUGAUUUGGGAAUGGAGAUCCCAAUUGAGAAGAUAUUCCUAGCUCAGAAGGUGAUGAUCCACAAGGCUAACAUACUAGGAAAGCCUGUGGUAACUGCAACUCAGAUGUUGGAGUCAAUGAUCAAGUCACCAAGGCCUACUAGAGCUGAAGCUACUGAUGUUGCCAAUGCAGUUCUUGAUGGUACUGACUGUGUGAUGCUCAGUGGAGAAACUGCUGCUGGAGCCUACCCUGAAAGUGCUGUUCAAACCAUGGCCAAAAUUUGCAUGGAGGCCGAGGACUUUAUAGAUUACAGUUUUCUUUUCAAGAAAAUUAUGGAAAAUGCUCCAAUGCCAAUGAGUCCUUUGGAAAGUUUAACUUCUUCUGCAGUAAAGACAGCAAACAGUGUCAACGCAGCUUUUAUUUUAGUACUAACUAAAGGUGGAAAUACAGCAAAGCUGCUGUCUAAGUACAGACCGAGUGUGCCAAUUUUGUCUGUGGUUGUUCCUGAAGUUAAAUCUGAUUCCUUUGAGUGGUCAUGUAGCAACGAAAGUCCGGCUAGGCAUAGCCUUAUUUACCGGGGUCUGGUGCCUGUUCUGAGUUCAGGCUCCAUAAGAGCUUCUCACAGUGAAUCAACAGAUGAAACAGUUGAGCAUGCCUUGCAAUAUGCAAAGAUGAAAGGAUUUUGCAAGCAAGGAGAUUCAGUUGUUGUUUUGCAUAAGAUUGACACUGCUUCUGUGAUCAAGAUUUUGCUUGUACAGUAGUCAUACUGUGAAGAAUUUUAAGUCGAAGUCAACUAGAUUUUGCAGCAUGUAAUUGGUGCUGUAACUAUAUUAAGCAAUUGAGCCAGGAGUUUUAUAUGGGAAAAUUUUAACCAUAGGAUCCAUACAAAUUUUGUCAUGGCAACUAUAUUUAAUCAACAUGAGAUCUUGUUUCUUUUUA